AUGGCCUCCAGAGCCACGCCUGGGGAAUUGCAAGAGGAAGCCACUUGCUCCCUGACUAUAGCCUGUGGGCACAACUUCUGCCGAGCCUGCCUCACCGGGCACUGCGAGGAACGGGGAGCAGGGGGCCUGACUUGUCCCCAGUGCCGGGCCCCCUUCCAGAAAGGGCAGUUCAAGCCCAACACCCAGCUGAAUAACAUCGUGCAGAAGCUGCGGCAGCUGGGGCCCGGGCAAGGGGAGGGCCUGUGCGAGGGACACCAGAAACGACUCAAACUCUUCUAUGAGGACUAUGGAGCCGCCGUCUGCUUGGUGUGCGAGAAAUCCCGGGACCACAAGUCCCACAGGGUGGUACCCAUGGAGGAGGCGGCGGCCCAGGAGGACCAGGUAGAGGCCCAUGUGAAGAUGCUGAGGGAAGAGAGAGAAAAGCUGCUGGGAUGGAAAGCGACGGGAGAGGAGAAAAGCCAGGAGUAUCUGAAACAGACACGAGCCGCGUGGCAGAAGAUCGUGGCCGAGUUUCAGCAGCAGCGCCACUUCCUCGAGGAACAAGAGCGACUCCUGCUGGCCCAGCUGGAGCAGCUGGACGAGAUGAUCGUGAAAACAUGGACUGACACUGUCACCAAACUCUCGGAGCAGAUUUCCCGUCUCAGCGAGCGGAUCGGGGAGCUGGAGGGGAAGUGUCAGAAGCCAGUGAGUGAAUUCCUGCAGGUGAGACCGAGGAGAAACAGCCCAGCCCCCCACCCAGGGAAGGGAGGCUCCUGAAACACAAGUGCUGGGGUCCAGCCGUCAGGUCUGGGUGUAACGUGGCAGGUG